AUGGCAACAUCAUUUCAGGCAGUUAUUACGACCACUUGGACAAGCACAGCCAAGGCAGCGUGCAUGUUGACCGGGAUCUUAGACAGCAUUGAAAAACCGGAAUUCAAGGUCGGAUCUGCAUGUCACGAAGUUGCCAUUGACGAUGACUCGCAGAGACAAACCCGCAGGGCGAGCCAAGUGACCAACCUGUCAAAUAGAGCGUUUGUCCUGACCCAGCUAGUCUCUGAAAACUUUUCAAGCCAUUUCCUAAACGCUGAUAUCCAUUAUGUGAGAAUGUGUGUGAUGUCAAACGAAAAUCUGGAGAAGGCGGGAUUCCAUGCAAAAACUGCAGAGCCUCGAAUAACCGGGCCUCUUCCCCACUGGUACUGCACUGUACUCCGUGAGGUCAUGAUCACGAUCGGGGGUGUUGCUGCAGCCAAAAUUCUUUCUUCUCGACUCUUCUGGCGGGCUUAGCUGGGCUGGGCUCCGCUUCAGGAGGGGUGGUGGUGGUACAGUACAGUAGCGAGCAGGUACCAAUUGGAGAGGAGAGGCCUCAGGACGACCGGGCCGGUGAUGUUUAUUGUCUGAAUACUUCUAUCUCUUCUUGUGUAUGCCAAGUUUCUACUUUGCUGAUUGUGAAGUGAAAUAUGAGGAAAUCGAACCAAGUGACUGGGCAAAC